AUGGCAGAGCCAUCUCCAAGCUGGUGGAAGCUGACUUUCCUGAGGAGAAAAAAAUCCCAGCCCAAGGUUCUGUAUGAUAUCCCUGCGGAAUUUGUUUCCAACGCCACCACUAGCCAGCACGGGUCCAGCACAGCCACUGGAGCUGCUGGCCACCCUGAGGCCAUGGUGCACGACUCUCAGCUGGACGCCCGACUGGAGAGGAUCGUGGACAAAACAGGCAGCAAAGGCCGUCACGUCAAGGUGUCUCACUCUGGGAGAUUUAAGGAGAAAAAGAAAGUGCGAGCCACUCUGGCGGAGAACGCCGACAUGUUUCCAGGAGGCGACACCACAAGAGAUGAGAACCAGAGGGUUGGGAAGUGA